AUGACGGCGCCGGGCGUCCGCGCGGGGCGCCACACCGCGCUGGGCUGCCCGUCGCCCGGCAGGGGCACGGCCUCGCCCAAGGGGUCGCCCAGGGGAUCCUCCGUGCGCGACUCGCCGCGCGGGUCGCUGUCCGACGACGACGACUGGGAGGGUGAGGUGGACCACGACGACCUGGCCUCCACGUCGGACGGCUUCUCGCUCUGCGACGACGACGACGACGAGUCCACCAGCUCCGGCACGGCAGGCCCGCGCUCCAGGACGGUCCUCAGCGCCAUGUCACGCGGCUCUCCGCUCGGAGUGUCACCCUCGCCGGCGGGGACGUCCCUGCCCAGCCCCGGCCUCGGUGGCGGCGGCGCGGGCCCGCCCGGCCGCAAGGUGUUCACCAACUCGCGCGAGCGCUGCCGCCAGCAGAACGUGACGGGGGCCUUCGACGACCUGCGCAAGCUGGUGCCGCGCCACCCGCCCGACAAGAAGCUGUCCAAGAACGAGAUCCUGCGCAGCGCCAUCAGGUACAUCAACCUCCUGUCGUCCGUCCUCAAUUGGCAGGAGAAGCAGGAGGCGCUCACCAACAACAACGACAGCAUGGCCUGCAACAACAACAACACCGUGUCCGUCAAGGUGGAGCCCUCCGCGUGGAUCUCCCACAACAACCCCCUGUCCACGACGGACUCCUGCGCCGUGCUGGCGAACCACGUCGUGCACAUCUCCAGAGGGAACUCCAUCACGUGCGGCUCCAAAGGCCAGAGAGUCCACACCGUCGCACAGUGCAUCAUGAAGGCUUACAAUCAGCUCGCGUUGCAGAGGAUGCCCGUGCUGGUGGCGUCGUCGCCCGCGCCGCCGGCCAUCCCAGAUGGAAAAAUAGCUUUGAAAAACAGAUCGGUCUGUUCAAAAUGGUUCUAUGUAGAUCAGUCAUUGUAG